UUGUUUAGUUCAAUGUUGCUAAAAAGUUGAAAUCUCAAUAAAGUUUGAAUCAUUGAAAUAAUAUUCUGUAGAUAGACGCUAGAAGCUCACUAGUUAAUAUGAUCUUCUGCCAUCAUGUGGCGAAGACUAAUAGUUGCAUUUCCAGUCCUGUUACUUGUGUUGCUGACAUUACCAAGGCAACAGUGUUGUGUUGCCUUGCACAGGUGAGACCUGCCCAAGGCAAACAACAGAGCUGAGGAGAAGCAUGAAAGACAGGAGCCAAACAUGAGCAGCCUCUUUUCCAGAAGAGAUUUCCAGAUGCAGGCAAUUGAGCAGAUUUUGAAGAAUUCUGAGAAAAACCUGGGUGAGAUCUGCACCAUCUUGGCCUCCUACACCAGGAAGACAGCCAAGCUCAGGGACAAGGCUGACCUGCUGGUAGCUACUCUCCUUGACUUCUCACAUAAAGAGGAUCCUGAGUUUCAGAUUGGCCUCAAGAACCUGGCUGAAGAUCUUGCUAUGGUUCAGGAUUACAGGCAUGCUCAGGUAGAGAGACUGGAGACAACAGUUGUUACUCCUCUAAAAGCCUACGGAUACAUAGUCAAAAAUAAAAGGGCUGAACUAAAGAAUCUCAGUGGUGACCUGAACAGAGAACACAAAGAGUUACAGAAACUGGAGAAAAUCCGCCUGAGGAACUCUGCAGACCGACAAAGCAUUUCUCAGGCAGAGGUCAGUGCUCAGAAGGCUUCCACAAACGCCCAGCGGAGCAUCAAACAAAUAGAAGAGACCAUCACAGAGUUCCAGAGACAACAACUGGAGGAUGUCAAAAAAAGCUUCUUAGAAUUUAUCACAAUUGAGAUGCUUUUUCAUGCUAAAGCACUGGAGGUCUUCUCCCACACUUACCGAAACAUGGAGGCCAUUGAUGUAGAAAAGGAUCUGGAGCUCUUCACUGGUAGAAUUGGGAUGCUGGACUCCCACACUCGGCCUCUGGACAGCUCUGCCAGGAGCCAAUCAUCUCCUCUAACAAACCAAUUCUCAAGCCUUCCUCUGGCCUCUUGGAGAGGCCAAGCCCUCAGUCCAAUGGAAGCCUCUAACACGGGUCAAAGCCACAGACAAUGGCACAGUCAACGUGACGAAUUAGCUAAGAAGUCUCACAGCAGCUUACAAUGCCAAGAAGGCAUGGAGGAGGAGCUAGAACAGGAGGAGGAUGAAGAAGAGGAAGAAGAGGAGGAGUUUGAAAGCAAGAUAGAGCAGGAUAAGGACAUCAGGCAGUCCUACGCUGCUCAGUAUGCUCAGAAAACCAGAAAACAAAAUUGAGUCAUGCUGUGAGCUUCAUAGGACGCUUUGCUUCCUCAUCUUAGUUAGCUUUAGACAAUCAGAAAGAAGAAAUCUUCUUUCAUGUACCUAGAAAUCUUGCUUGUUUCCUGGACCAGCCUCUCAAGGGAAUGAAAGAUAAGCACACCUCAUAUACAGGUCCUUCUCAAAAUAUUAGCAUACUGUGAUAAAGUUCAUUAUUUUCCAUAAUGUCAUAAUGAAAAUUUAACAUUCAUAUAUUUUAGA